AUGGACUGGGAUGUGGCCAGAGGGGCCGGAUCUCCUGGACCAAGAACUCCUGGUCCCUCCUCAGUCUCCAGCACCGGCCUCACUCGUCGCCUGCGGCCUCCCUCCAGCACCGCCCUCCAUCGUCCUCUCCAGUCACCUCCCUCCCUCCAGUGUCGGCCUCCAGCGCCAUCUCCAGCAGCGCCGCCUCCCUCUAGCGCUCCCUCCAGCGCCGGCCUCCAGCGCCAUCUCCAGUCGCCUCCCUCCCUCCUCGCAGACAUCCAGCACGAGUUCGGCAAGUAUGUUGCCGUCGAGCUCGGCCCCGGGGCCACCUUCGCCCCCUGUGACGUCACCCAAGAGCCCCAAGUUGCUGCCGUCGUUGACCUUGCGGUCGUCAAGCACGAAUUGGAAGAGAAAACCAGACAGAUGCUAAACCUUAUAGAGGAGGAUGCUGAUUCGUUUGCUAAACGUGCCGAGAUGUACUACAAGAAGAGGCCUCAGCUCGUGAACAUGAUCGAUUCAGAGGACUCAGAAAUUGAUGAUCGCGAAGAAGAAAUUGUAGCAGAGACGAAGUUAAGAACGACGCCAGAUGAAGGGAGUAACGGUCAUUUGGUCAAACUGAAACAAGAACCGGAAAGAUUCAAAGAGGAGAAUGCUAAACGUAAGGUUGAAAUAGUAGGGAAAAAUGAAGAGAAGAGGGAGGUCAUCAGACAGCUUGCUUUGUCUUUGGAUAUGCUGGAGGAGAACAACGUUACCUUGAGGAAAUGCCUCAAGGACCUAGAGAGAAAGAGUGACUUCUUUGAGCUUAACAAGCUGACCAAGGAUAUGUUCUCUGGAAAGCUGUUUCGUUGGAAAUCAAAGAAUCAAACUACAAUUGUAAGUUUGGUGAACUAA